AUGCUCCGCAACACAUUCGGAUUUGCACAUGAUAAUGACUACAUGCCUCUCAUGAACGGAAACAAAGCGUACAUCCGUGUUGAGUCUGUCAACACUGGUGGUUUUCCUGUAUCAAACAAAACAUCCCUUAUUGCAUGUGUUGGUCCAAGAACAUCAUUCAUGAGACAUCAAGCAGAGUUUACACCAAAGACAUCUCCAUCAAAUACAUGGGAAUUCAAGUAUAAUGAUCCAUCUAAGUCAUCUUUUGUUUUCUGCCUUUUCAAGAAGCAUUUAUUCGGAGGUGAUGAAGAAAUUGGAGAGAUUGAACUCCGCCUCUCUGGAUUUGAACCAAAUACUGUUGUUCGCAGUGAAUUCACACUCAAAAGUCCAAACUCAAAAAUGGUUCCAGCCACUGCUAUCAUCAGUGUUCACCUUUGUGAAGAUGGAAGUUUCCCAUUCUGUGCUCCACUUGAUGGCAAGGUUCUUUCAAACCCAGAAAUCCAGCACUCAAAGACUUAUUUCAAAUAA